AUGGUAAAUGAUGUGACUGAGGCGGAUCUUGACGAUGCGUUUGAAAUGGGGGCGAUGACUUAUAUCCACCAAGUCCCAGCCCAGCACAAAGGCGCCAGCACCGCAGAUAUUACCGAACGGAUUACCCAGAUAAAGAACGCGAUCGAACGCCUUGACGACCUCAUUGAGGCAGAGACCAAGAAAGAUGAACAUCAGAAGACUGAUGACGAUGACAAGCCGGUGUUACCAUCAGAUAGUGAAGAGGAACCACAUCCAUCCAACACCAAAGAUGAGAUUUUCCUUACCGAAACGGGAUUUCCCUUACCGACUGGGCCGAAGCGCCGUGCAUACCAUACAUGGGUGCUGGAUCCAAAAAAGUGA